AUGCUUGCAUGCUCGUUUUUGCGACAAGGAGAGGAGGAGCUCCUCCACAGCUCAGCAGCUGGCGUAGACGGUGCUUUCCACCCUUUGUUGUCCGCAGGGCAUGGCCUUUUGCUUGCAAGCGAUGUGUGCUCUCGUCGGAGUAGAUACGUCCGGACGUCGCUGCUGCAGCGGUGGGCAUGCCAACUGCAAACAACUCACAGAGUGGGUCGCCGCGCAGGCUGCCGCCCUACUUUGCCGCCUCUGGUUGCGGGUGGUCCCGCUAUCCCGGCACUCAACCUCAUCCCCAACGUUGCUCACAUCACUUGGGAAGGUUCUCAGGACUACAAGAAGGCUAAUAGUAAGAACAUCGCGCGGCUGGUCAAGGGCGCACGCAACCACCAGACCAACGCGCUGCGCUCCUUAUACACCCAAGGAAGGGUCUCAAGGAGGACGCUGAGGGGUCAGCUCGCAUGAGCUCCCCCCGCUUUCCGAGAUGACGUUUCAGCCUGGGGGGGUUCGCCCCACAGCCCAGGAGGCCCCCACAAAAGAGCACAUUGGUGGAACGAGUCAUCAAGUGUUGGCCUCCAGAAAGAUGACGCCAUGGCAUCGGAAGCGCAAAAGCAGAGGGCCAUCGCCCAGAAGGCGGCUGCUGCGGUUGCGGCGCAGCGUGGGCGCGCUCGCCCGCCGGCAGGGGACAAACGUUGUCAAGCCCCAUUUCGAGCAGCCGCCCGCGGCAAAGCCCUCUUCUCCCAUGCGCCGGCAAAACCUUCCCUCCAGUACCGAACGCGCCAAGAAGGCACUUUCGGCGGGAUUUUCUUGAGCCCUCGAGCCAGUCCAGGCCCUCCAGCUUGAUGUCAACAAUACACUUGACAGACAAUCUCGUUGAUCAUCGUAGGCUCUGUAGAAGCGCUAGAUUGCUUUCAAUAUACUGUUCCUGAUGACUCCUGAAUUUGUUUGAGGUAAGGCGGUGUAGAGUGCAACCCAAGGACCGAUCGACCAUGAGUUGAAGAAUCGCCGCAGAUUCCCGACCCAGAGCCACAUAAUGGAUCGAUUGCUGACUCAAGUCGAUGAGCUAUUCGCGAAUGAGUUGUUACUAUAAUAUUUGGCACAUGCGGGCAGGACAUGGCGG